GAGGGGGAGCAGCAGCUGCCCAGCCCCAAGGAGAUUUACAACCAGUUUGAGUUGAUUCUCACCCCUGAUGUGAAGGCCAACGCCCAGAAAGUCCUACAGAAGCUGGGAGAUGUACAGGAAAUUUUUCACAAGAGGCAAGUGAGUCUGAUGAAACUGGCAGCCAGACAGACUCGUCCAGUGCAACCUGUGGCCCCCCAUCCUGAGUCCUCCCCAAAAUGGGUGUCACCAAAAACCAGCCAGCCUUCCAUCGUGGCUCCUCUUCAGAAAACAUCUGCGGAACCUUAUGCAGAGAAAGGUUUGGACUCCCUGGUAAAGGAAGAUGACAAGACUAAAUAUGAAGGCAAGAAUGAAGAAAUACUUGAAUGCAGUCAUGAUGGGGAGCAGGAGCAGCCUGACAGUCCUGAAAAUCUUUCCCCCAGCAGGUGCCUUAUUCGUGACUUGCUUGAGACCGAAGAGGUUUAUAUAAAAGAAAUGAAGAGCAUAAUUGAUGGAUAUAUCACUCCAAUGGAUUAUAUGUGGCUAAAGCAUCUGAUUCCAGAUGUUCUUCAGAAUAACAAGGACUUUCUCUUUGGGAAUAUUAGAGAACUCUACGAAUUUCACAACAGGACUUUUCUAAAAGAAUUGGAAAAGUGCACCGAGAAUCCUGAACUUCUGGCUCGUUGCUUUCUCAAGAGAAAAGAAGAUCUUCAGAUAUAUUUUAAAUACCAUAAGAACCUGCCCCGAGCUCAGGCAAUCUGGCAAGAAUGUCAAGACUGCGCCUACUUUGGGGUGUGCCAGCGCCAACUGGAUCACAGUCUCCCUCUUUUCGAGUAUCUCAGAGGCCCAAGCCAGAGACUUAUAAAAUACCAGAUGCUGUUGAAGGGUCUGCUGGAUUUUGAGUCUCCUGAAGAUUUGGAGAUAGACCCAGGCGGCAUAGAAGGAGGUGCGGCUAAGGACGGGCCUAAGAGGACCAAGGAUCCCGCGUUCUUGGCGGAACUGCAGCAGGCUUUGGCCAUGAUAGAGGAGUUGAUCCAGUCCUGUGAACUGGCCGUGGACCUGGCCGCGGUCACUGGAUGCCCGGAGGACAUCGGAGAGCUGGGCAGGCUGCGGAGGCAGGGCGCGUUCAGCGUCUGGACGGUGCACAAGGAGCGCUCCAAGGUGACGGGCUUCAUUCGCUUUAAGCCCAGCCAGAGGCAGCUCUAUCUGUUUGAAAGGGGAAUCGUGUUCUGCAAGAUACGGAUGGAGCCCAGUGACCAGGGCCCGGCCCCUCGUUACAGCUUUAAGAAGUCGAUGAAGUGGACGACACUUUCAAUUCACCAACUUGAAAGUGGGGGCAACAGAAAGUUUGAACUUGUCGACCGAAAUGGACUUGAGAAAUACAUCCUGCAGGCAGCUUCCAAGGAAAUCAGAGAUUGUUGGUUUGCGGAAAUAAGUAAAUUAUUGAUGGAACAACAAAACAAUAAUAAAGAUGUUUACGAGGAUGAAGACAAUGGCAGACAAACCGCCCCCGAAUGCUGCCCCGGCGGGGCGUGCGUCUCCGUGGAAACCUUUGAAGAUGGUGAAGGAGCAGAAGAUAUGGAGAAGGAGAGCAGCGCUCUGGGUCUCUCGGGGCUUUUCCAGUUGGACGACAGUUAUGACACCUGUUCCCCCACGUCUGCUGUGGACGCGGGAGAACGCAUCCAGGGAGAAAAGGGAGGCGAUGGUCAGAGGGACACGCGAGUGUGAACGAGGAAGGAAGUCACCGUGGAAGAAGCCAGCUACCGUGUUGAGAAGACGCUGAAGCUGCCCCAUGACGAGACCCACAGGCAGGAACUGAAGCCCCACG